GCCUACUGGGUGCCAAGCGCACUCACACUCAGAAGUGCAGUCCUUUGUCUUUACAAGAGACUGCACAUACAGUGGCAGUGAUGCUGAUCAUUUUGACCUAAAGAUUACGGGAGUUUUAUCCUUUAUCAAAUAGCCUACAAGAAAUUAAUUGAUCGAUUGUUUCUGAGACACGUUUCGUGUUUCGUCCCACUCCCAUUAUGGAUUCCUCAUUGGAGUUCUCCAACUCAGUUAGCAGUGUCUCUUCUAUUCCAUCGCGAUGUCGGAUCUUUAAAAUCAUCGUGAUAGGUGACUCUGAUGUUGGAAAGACCUGCCUUACCCACCGUUGGUGCGCCGGAGAGUUCCCGGAUAGAACGGAGGCAACGAUAGGAGUCGAUUUCCGUGAGCGAGUUAUCGAUAUUGAAGGCGAGAAAAUCAAGCUGCAGCUAUGGGAUACGGCAGGCCAGGAGCGCUUCCGAAAGUCCAUGGUGCAUCACUACUACCGCAACGUGCAUGCUGUGCUGUUCGUCUAUGCUGUCACGAGCCCCGCCUCCUUCCAUGGGCUACCUGCCUGGAUUGAGGAGUGCCGCCAGAAUUCCCUCGGACAGGAAAUCCCAUGGUUCCUCGUGGGCAACAAGAUCGACCUCUGUGACCAGCGUGGCGACCGGUCCGAGAGGCAGGUGAGCAGGGAGCAGGCGGCCAAGUUUGCAGAGGCCCACGGCAUGACGCUGUUCGAGACCUCGGCCAAGAGCCCUGACCAGGGGGAGAAGGGCAUGGGCGGACGAGGAGGACGAGGAGGUGGGUUUGGAACCCAGAACCAGGAGAGCGUGGAGGCUGUGUUCCUAUCAGUGGGGGCCAGAUUGAGCCGACAGAGGAGGGUGCCAGAGCAGAGCACGACUGGAGGACACACAAGCUCUUUCAAAAUACCGGCUAAAAAGAGAUCGGAGAAGAACAUGUGGUCGUGCACCUGCUGAGACUGAACUGCGUUCUCCUGCCUAGGGACAGCCUCUGUGAUGGGCGGUAGGUAUGAUUAGUGGGUAUAUGAAAUUCAUAAAAAAUUUUAGUCUGAAAGACUGGAGUAAUGUUGAGUGAGUUCGGACCUGCAGGGUUGAAGGUGGAUCCAUUUUGGAUUGUGCGUCGUCGGGCCUGGUCAUGCACAGUCUGUAACAUCAACUUUAUUCCCGUCUACAGCACUCUUUCUAAGCAAACUAGGUUUGAUAUACUGGUUUUAAGACUGUCUUAAAUUUUAUGCAAUAAAUAAUCAAUGUUGAAUAACUUUGCCAAAAAAUUAGCACUGGAACAAAUCGAUUCUUUGUGGAUGCACUAGAAAACAACGUGAUGCAGUCAUGUUAUGGUCUUGUGCAUAAGUGUGGGUGGAGAGACUGUCAUGUGUGAGUGUGUGUGUGUGUGUGUGUGUGUGUGAGAGAGUGAGUGAUCGCGUGCAUGAGCCUCUAGAAAAAGAUUCAAGUCACAUGGUGUGCACAAACCACUCUAAAACAAGCCUUGAAACACACGUGCACCAACACAGACAGAAAAAG